AUGGGGUUGCAGACGGGUGUCGCUCAGAAGCGCACGGGGGCCUGGGAGCCCUGCGUGGUGCACCGGCUGCAAGCGAGUCUAAACAAGGGAGAAUUUUACGCUGUACUGGGCUGCUCUCCGUGCUGGCAAGUGGAGCAAGCGCAGGGAGAGCCCGAGCGCUUCCCGGCAGCCUCCCACCAAAUCCUGGUGCGAGGCUGGGGAAAGGCGGCGCUCCCGGCAGUGCCCGGCAAAUCGGGAGGCCGAGGUCGAGAGCCUUCCCCGGCGAACGGUCUGACGAAUGACGCCGUCUUUCCAUCAGGCCAUGAGCCUAAAGAGCCAGAGCAGCUGAGAAAGCUUUUCAUUGGAGGUCUGAGCUUUGAAACAACAGAUGAUAGCUUGAGAGAGCACUUUGAAAAAUGGGGCACCCUCACAGAUUGUGUGGUAAUGAGAGACCCGCAGACCAAACGUUCCAGAGGCUUUGGCUUUGUGACUUACUCUUGUGUGGAAGAGGUAGAUGCUGCAAUGAGUGCUCGACCACAUAAGGUCGAUGGGCGCGUGGUUGAACCAAAGAGAGCAGUUUCAAGGGAGGAUUCUGUAAAGCCUGGGGCACAUCUCACAGUAAAGAAAAUAUUUGUUGGUGGAAUCAAAGAAGAUACCGAAGAGUAUAAUUUAAGGGAAUACUUCGAAAAAUAUGGCAAGAUUGAAACCAUAGAAGUCAUGGAAGACAGGCAAAGCGGAAAGAAAAGAGGCUUUGCUUUUGUAACUUUUGAUGAUCAUGAUACAGUUGACAAAAUUGUUGUUCAGAAAUAUCAUACCAUAAAUGGACAUAAUUGUGAAGUGAAAAAAGCACUCUCAAAGCAAGAAAUGCAGACUGCUAGCUCUCAGAGAGGUCGUGGUGGUGGCUCAGGCAACUUCAUGGGCCGUGGAAACUUCGGAGGUGGUGGUGGAAACUUUGGCCGAGGAGGAAACUUUGGCGGAAGAGGAGGCUAUGGGGGUGGUGGUGGCGGUGGUGGGAGCAGAGGAAGCUUUGGGGGUGGUGACGGAUACAAUGGAUUUGGUGAUGGUGGCAACUAUGGAGGUGGUCCUGGCUAUGGCAGCAGAGGAGGGUAUGGUGGUGGUGGAGGACCAGGAUAUGGAAACCCAGGUGGUGGCUAUGGAGGUGGAGGAGGAGGAUAUGAUGGCUACAAUGAAGGGGGAAACUUUGGUGGUGGUAAUUAUGGUGGCAGUGGAAACUACAAUGACUUCGGCAAUUACAGUGGCCAGCAGCAAUCUAACUAUGGUCCCAUGAAAGGUGGUGGCAGCUUUGGUGGCAGAAGUUCAGGCAGUCCCUAUGGUGGUGGUUAUGGCUCUGGAAGUGGAAGUGGGGGCUAUGGUGGUAGAAGAUUCUAAAAAUGCUACCGAAAAAGGGCUACAGUUCUUAGCAGGAGAGAGAGCGAGGAGUUGUCAGGAAAGCUGCAGGUUACUUUGAGACAGUCGUCCCCAAUGCAUUAGAGGAACUGUAAAAUCUGCCACAGAAGGAACGAUGAUCCAUAGUCAGAAAAGUUACUGCAGCUUAAACAGGAAACCCUUCUUGUUCAGGACUGUCAUAGCCACAGUUUGCAAAAAGUGCAGCUAUUGAUUCAUGCAAUGUAGUGUCGAUUAGAUGUACAUUCCUGAGGUCUUUAUCUGUUGUAGCUUUGUCUUUCUUUUUUCUUUUUAUUUUCCCAUUACAUCAGGUAUAUUGCCCUGUAAAUUGUGGUAGUGGUACCAGGAAUAAACAAAUUAAGGAAUUUUUAACUUUUCAAUAUUUGUGUAGUUCAGUUUUUCCACAUUUAGUACAGAGAAUUCUAUAACAGAAAUAAAAUGUAGUUUAGGGUGUUUCCUUGUUAGUCAAUAGAGAGGAUUAAUGCAUUUCUCAAUUACUAUUUUGUAUUAAUUUAAAGUUAACAAUAGAAACACCUAUUGAUUUGCAGUCUUAAGGGGUCUAGUCUCAGUGUAUAUAUGUAACUGUCAUUGACAUGAGUUACAUAGGCAUACAGAGGGAAAACAUCUGUAUGUUACAUUAUAGUUUGUUUAGAUGUAUAACUAGGAUUGAGUUACUCAAAUUAGUGUUUGUGAAUUAUAGAACUAAGCUUUACCUUCAAAUGAAAAUUUCAAAUUACUUUUGGUUUGUGCAUAUUUUUUUAAUUUGUAGCUCUGUAUUAGUACUAGCGCUUCAAGAAAAUAAGGCAUGAUAAAUAUUUUAACAAGACCAACUUUAGCCACA